UGUCCUCGUCCUCUGUAUUUCCGAGAUUCCACACAGGAAGAUCACACCACCCCCCACCAUCAUCAGGUAGAUGGAUCCAGUACCAGAAACCUACCAGAAAUUUGUCUUCGUCCUCAAUAUUCCUGGGAUUCCACAAAGGCAGAUCUCACCAUCCCCCACCAUCAUCAGGUUGAUGGAUCCAGUAAAGUGAAUCCACCAGAAAGAUGUCCUGGUCCUCGAUAUUCCAGGGAUUUCACACAGGAAGAUCUCACCAUCCCUCACCAUCAUCAGGUAGAAGGAUCCAGUACCAGAAACCUACCAGAAAUUUGUCUUCGUCCUCGAUAUUCCUGGGAUUCCACAAAGGCAGAUCUCACCAUCCCCCACCAUCAUCAGGUUGAUGGAUCCAGUAAAGUGAAUCCACCAGAAAGACGUCCUGGUCCUCGAUAUUCCAGGGAUUCCACACAGGAAGAUCUCGCCAUCCCUCACCAUCAUCAGGUAGAUGGAGCCAGUACCAGAAACCUACCAGAAAGUUGUCCUCGUCCUCGAUAUUCUCGGGAUUCCACAAAGGCAGAUCUCCCCAUCCCCCACCAUCAUCAAGUUGAUGGAUCCAGUAAAGUGAAUCCACCAGAAAGAUGUCCUGGUCCUCGAUAUUCCAGGGAUUCCACACAGGAAGAUCUCACCAUCCCUCACCAUCAUCAGGUAGAUGGAGCCAGUACCAGAAACCUACCAGAAAGUUGUCCUCGUCCUCGAUAUUCCCGGGAUUCCACAAAGGCAGAUCUCCCCAUCCCCCACCAUCAUCAAGUUGAUGGAUCCAGUAAAGUGAAUCCACCAGAAAGAUGUCCUGGUCCUCGAUAUUCCAGGGAUUCCACACAGGAAGAUCUCCCCAUCCCUCUCCAUCAUCAGGUUGAUAGAUCCAGUAAAGUGAAUCCACCAGAGAGAUGUCCCCGUCCUCUGUAUUCCCGGGAUUCCACACAGGAAGAUCUCACCAUCCCUCUCCAUCAUCAGGUGGAAAAACCGAUGAACGUAAAAGUUGAGGUUAAAGCGGAAGAAGGUGUAGGAUCUGUGAGAGGUGAUCCUCGGUCUACAGAGGAAUUUGGAAUGACGGUGACCGUUAAAGAGGAGGGAUCUUCUCUAGACCUUGGCACAGGUGGACACGAUGUGACUCCCCCGGAGAGACCUCAGACUUUAUCUCUGGAACAUAACGCAGAAGAUGUUGACCUUGUAGAAUAUUCUUCAGAAGCGAUCCACGAUCCUCCGAAAAUACACCACAGACCUUACUAUGUGGAUCGAUCGAUGGAUUCCUCAAAACCUGAAGAUUCUUUUGAUGAGUCCCUUACUCUUCCCAAUGAAAUCCACCCAGGACUUCAUGUUGAUGACAGAUCCUCGGAUCCAUGGAGGUCGUCUUCCAGUCAUUUAGAUAUUUCACACAAAGACGAUAAAUUAAUCCCGUGGUCUGAAGUCAAUGAAGGUUUUCCAUCCCAGUCGUCUCUUGCUGAAAGGACAAACGUAGGGGAGCGUCCGUAUCAGUGUUCAGAGUGCGGGAAAGGUUUCAAUUGGAAAGGACACCUCCUCAGGCACAUGAAAUGUCACACCGACGAGCGCCCUUAUUCGUGCCCAGAGUGCGAGAAAUGUUUCAAACACAGAGCCGACCUUCUUAGACACCAGAGAUGUCACACCGGUGAGCGUCCUUUUUCAUGUCCGGAGUGUGGGAAAUGUUUCACACGGAGACACGACCUUACUACACAUCUGAAAAGUCACACAGGUGGACAUCCCACCAUGGAUAAGUUAUCUCUUGACUAUAAUAUAGAAGUCAUUGACAUUGCCGAUUAUUCUCCAGAAGCAAACCCCGACCCUGAAAUUCUACAUCACAGCCCUUACUAUGUGGAUCGAUCGAUGGAUUCCUCCAAACCCGAAGAUUCGUUUUAUAAGUCGCAUGCUCUUCCCAAUGAAGUCCACCCAAGGCUUCGCGCUGCGGAGAGCUCCUUGGAACCUCCCGUUCCCCAGAGAUCGUCUUCCCGUAGUUUGGAUACAUCCUUCCACCAAGACGACGACGACGUCAUUCUGUGUUCUGAAGUCAAUGAAGGUUUUACAUCCCAGGCGUCUGUUACUGAGGAUCCAAGAAUGAACCCGGUGGAGCUUCCAUAUCAGUGUUCGGAGUGCGGGAAAGGUUUCAACUGGAAAGGACACCUCCUCCGGCACAUGAAAUGUCACACCGACGAGCGUCCUUAUUCCUGUGUACAGUGCGGGAAAUGUUUCAAACACAGAGGAGACCUUCUUAGACACCAGAGAUUACACACCGGUGGACACAAUGCUACGACCACGGAAAGACAUCAAAUUGCAUCCCUGGACUACACUGUAGAAGACGAUGACGUUGUAGAAUACUCUCCGGAAGCAAACACCGAUACUCAACCGUUGCAUCACAAACCUUACUAUGUGGAUAGCUCCAUAGAUCCCUCUCAACCCGAAGAAUCCUUUCAGAAGUCGCAUACUGUGACCAGCGAGAUCCACCCAAGCUUUCACGUUGCAGAUAUAUCCUUGGAUCCAUCUAAUCCACCAGGAUCUCCUUCCAAUAGUUUAGAUACUUCUUCCCACAAAGGUCCUAAAAUAAUCCAGUGUUCUGAAGUCGAUGAAGGUUUUCCAUCACAGGCGGGUCUUCCGACAAACGCGGUGGAGCGUCCGUAUCAAUGCUCAGAGUGCGGGAAGAGUUUCAGUUGGAAAGGACACCUCCUCAGACACAUGAAAAGUCACACCGACGAGCGUCCUUAUUCGUGUCCAGUGUGCGAGAAAUGUUUCAAACACAGGGGAGACCUUCUUAGACACCAGAGAUUACACACCGGUGGACAUAUUGUGACUAUCCCGGAGAGACAUCAGAUUCUAUCUCUGGACUUUAAUGUCGAAGAUUCUCACGAAGCAAACUCCGACACUCAAAAAAUACAUCACAGACCCUACUGUGUGGAUAGAUCGAUGGAUCCCUCAACACCCAUAGAUUGUUUUCAAAGGUCACAUACUCUUACCAAUGAAAUCAAUCAGAAACUUCCCAUUGCAGAUAGCUCCUUGGAUCCACCCAAUCCCCAUAGAUCAUCUUCCAGCGACUUAGAUACUUCUUCACACCAAGACGAUGAAAUAAUCCUGUGUUCUGAAGUCAAUGAAGGUUUUACUUCGCAGUCACCUCUUACUGAAGAUCAAAGAACAAACACGGGGGAGCGUCCAUAUCAAUGUUCAGAGUGCGGGAAGCGUUUCGGUUGGAGGGGACACCUCCUCAGGCACAUGAAAUGUCACACCGACGAGCGUCCUUUCCCGUGUUUAGAAUGCGAUAAAUGUUUCAAACACAGAGCAGACCUUCUUCGACACCAGAGAACUCACUCCGGCGAGCGUCCUUUUUCAUGUUCAGAGUGUGAGAAAAGUUUUACUCAGAAACACGACCUCCUUAUACAUCAGAACAUUCACACGGGCGAGAGUUCUUUUUCCUGUCUAGAGUGCGGGAAAGGUUUCACUCGGAAGAGAGCGCUCCGUAUACACCAGAGAACUCACACGGGGGAACGUCCUUUUUCGUGUUUAGACUGUGGGAAAUGUUUCACUCUGAAGGGACACCUUCUCCGACACCAGAAACUUCACACUGUUGAGCGCCCUUUCAUCUGUACAGAGUGUGGAGAAAGUUUUGCGCUGAAGGUGGACUUAAUUACCCAUCAUAGCUCCCAUGCCCUCUGAUGCGAGUGCCAGAUAUUCUGUAUAACAAUGUUUUAUAGACUGUUCCACAAAUAGGAUUUACAUGAUUGUUGUUUCUCAGACCGCAUCUAAACUAUUUUGGAUG